AUGCAUUUGGCAUAUGAACGACAUAAGAAAAAUAAUAAGCAGAGUAAAGUAACUGAAGAGACUCAUAAAGAAUAUGAGGUAAGUUUGGUAGCUGAAGAAGAAGCUCAAAUAGAACAACUUUACGCUAAAGACGUGAUAUGA